AUGGGUUUGAUGAGCUGGUUGUGGGAACAACAUCAGUUUCUAAUGCACCAAUGUUUUUCACUCCCAUUCGCAUUUUUGUUUUAUUUUCUUGCUAAACGGGGAUAUCUGUCGUUGACAUACAGGUAUCUGUUUGUUUCUGUUGGAGGAUGCGUCCUGGCAGUCAUCACUAUGGGCAUCUACAGCUCGCUUCUGUUCACCUCUACCUUUGUCUUUAUUCUGCUCGUGUGCUCUGUGGAUCCAAGCUGUGUCCACGCCUGGGUGUUUGGUAUCCAGAUGUUGUGGCAAACCUUCUGGCACCUGCUUAUACAGUACAGGGAAUACUACUUGCAAGAACCUGUCAGCAUCAGAUUGUUUUUAGCAGUGUCCUCUUUGAUGCUGCUCACUCAGAGAAUGACCUCAGUGUCCAUGGACCUCCAGGAGAAACGAGUCCUGCUAACAUUUAAAGCGUUGACCAUAAGGAAGGCUUGUGUGAUGCUUCUUCCGCUUAUCAGCUACAGCCUCAAUUUCACCACAAUGCUUGGUGGGCCUUUGUGCUCCUACAGACAAUUUUUGUCCUUAAUGGCAGGGAUCAGCCAAAAACCUUCACCUAAUCCACUGAUUGUAGUCUUCCUUAAGUUGAUGCAGGUGUUAUUGCUGGAGUGGGUAAGGUAUUGUCUUGUCUAUUUUCUCAAACAUAACACUUAUGAUCCCUCCAACUCUAUCAAGCUCUAUGGUGUCCUGUGGGUUUGGGGUCUGGCGGCAGUUUUGAGGAUCCAAUAUUAUUCUCACUGGAGGAUCAGUGAAAGCCUCAAUAACGCAGCUGGGCUUGGCUACUGGGACAAUGCAACAGGAGACUCCCCAGACUGGAGCAGACUAUGCGAUGGAGAUUUCUGGACCAUUGAAGCGUUGAGUCGUAUGUCAGAGUUUGCCCGUCGAUGGAACACCACAACAGCUUUGUGGCUGCGUAGACUGGUUUACAUAAGGUGCAAACGUUUCCCGUUGUUUAUGACUUUUAGUUUCUCAGUGUUGUGGCAUGGCUGCCAUUUAGGUCACUUUGUGGGAUUUUUGACCUGGGCAGCAACAGUGAAAGCAGAUUAUCAUAUACACAGGCACUUGUGCCCAAAACCUUCAUCAACAUGGAGGAAAAUAUACACUUGUUUAAGCUGGAUAAACACUCAAAUGAUUGUUGCUUGUAUUGUUAUAGCAGUAGAAUUAAGAAAUAAGUCUGGUUUGAGACUUUUGUCUAUAACAUACAUAGGUCUGUUUCCACUUUUCAAUAUAAUUCUUCCUUUUAUCUUAUUAAAAUUCAACACAAUUUAG